CGAUUCUGCUUCUUCCGCUGUGUGCUGAGCGACCGAACCGUUUGGCAAUCCGUGCGUUUUGGCACAGAUGGAAAGGCAAUAGGCAGAGUUUAAAAGCUGUCGACACAUUUAAUAGAUUCAGAAGUUUUAAUGCCAUCGAUUUAGACUGAUUUCGAAAUUAUAUUGCGUCGUUUUGAAAAAUUGAGAAUGAAAAAAUGCUGGUCGUGCCGUGUUUGGUGAUAAUCCUGCUGCAAUCGCAAACCGACUCGAAGACGUUAAGAGUCAAGUCUCGCGGAAAGAUUUCAUUGAAUUUUGUGUAUCAGCAGCAGAGGAGAGACAUGAUCAUUAGGUGUUGCGGAAAUGUUAGGUGCCUGGGGAAUCUCACAAUUCUUUCAAAGCUCAAUCACACGACAAAUGCAGAGGUCCUAUCAAAAAUUUCAUCGGAAUCUUCACCGAGUUUACUCAAGACAACAACAGUUGGAUCGGAUGUGACGACGAACAAUGCCGCAGAAUUGAAUUUGGACACAACACCCUCAUCGUUUGACCCUGGAAAAACCAUUUCUUCGGCUCCAAGUGCGUCAUCAACUAAUAGCUUGACAGGAACAGCCGCAGGAACUACAACAACAGCUGCAGGAACAACAACAGCCGCAAGGACAACAACAGCCGCAGGGACAACAACAGCCGCAGGGACAACCACAGCUGCAAGGACAACAACAACCGCAGGGACAACAACAACCGCAGGGACAACCACAGCUGCAAGGACAACAACAACCGCAGGGACAACAACAACCGCAGGGACAACCACAGCUGCAAGGACAACAACAGCCACCGGAGGGGCAACAACCACGACUGCAACUCAACAAGGUGUGGUUUCAUCAGAAAGAACUGCAACAACAGGGUCGACAACAACUGCUAUACCGACAACAACAACCACAUCUUGCGUCAGAGCUUUCGACAGAGCGUGCCGGCCCGAACCAACGUGUAGCGUGGAUGCCGUUGCUGUGAGCUCUCUUCAAUUAACAGGAAAAACCUUGGAAGGCGAAAUGGUAUCGACCGGGAACGGCAAAAAAUACUUUAUGGGAUCCGUCAACAAUGGUCUGACGUACGACGUUGCCGCCGCAGUUUGUUGCAAACUAGGAAUGAAACUUGCCGAAUUCACCACGAUCGCCAGCUGGAACAACUUUCUCGCCUACUUCAAACUCCAAACCUUCGCCAGCUGGGACUAUUUCGGGCAAACGACCAACAACGGCAACAACACGGACACGUGGUGCUUCUCCGGCACUUUGGUCCCUGACGGAAUCAUUCCCGCCGAUCUGUACAACAUUCCGUGCGGCACCAAGAACCUAAUCGUGCUCACCCCGGGAGGGAGUCUCACCUACAUCAACCCUGCAAAUUAUAUCCACCGCUACUACUGCGAGUAGUUUUGUUCGUGAUUGAUAAAAGUAUUUUGUGCAAUAAAAUUCCCGUUGACCACA